AAGAAAAAUGCCAUUAUUGUCUCAGCUUUUAACUUAGCUAUUUUAAAACAUGAAUUACUUGUCUAAAGUUUUUUUUAUUUUCAUUUUUGGUUCUUGACCAUAUGUAAUCAGUUUGAUGUAAGCCUGAGAAAAUGAGAAUUGCCAUUUGUAGAAAAUCACAGGAAAAUCAUGUCUUCGUCAGAGAGAUUCUACAUAUAAAGAAACUUCAAAAGAUUUGUGUUGUCAGUGUCACAGAAACUUUAUGUGGAGAGCAAGCAAGCAGGCAGCUUUUAUAUGUCAAAUUCAAACUGCACUCUGUUUAACAGAGAAUCUCUGCAACUGCCUCCCGUUUAGUGUCCUCUUGUCAUUUUUUUGGUCAGCAGCAGAAGAAGUUUACCAUGAAAAAAAGAGUCAAAAGUGAGAGGAAGAGUGUCUCUUUUGUAUUACUGCAACAUUCUUUUGUGACAUCAUCACAUGUUUAAACAUGUCAUGUGGUCCCCACCCAAACACGAAUCUUUAACCUUCCCCUCUAUAGCUAAACGGGCUUAACAAUAUAAGCCCAUUAAUGAAAUAAGCCCAGGUCCAUCGACCCUAAGACUAGUACGCGUCUAUAAAUACAAAACGACCCCUCCCCUUCCAAUCUAUUCUUCAGAAUCGCGACUCGGCGAGUUAGGGUUCUCGAAUCGCAACUUCAACCACCUUCACCUUCAAGGUUUAUCAGACAGAUUCAGAAGAAGAUGGGAUCGGAAAAUUAAAAUUAAAGACAGAGAUCUCAUGUCUUGGUCUUAUUCCUUUAGAGAAGAAUGAUUACUACGAUGCACUCAGAAGAAUCAGGAAGAAGUAGUUACUUGCCCCGCAAGCGACAUCUCGAUAACCCUUCUGAAGAACAGAGCAAAAGAUCAAGACUUUACCCUCGCGAUCAACACCCAAACACAAACUUCAUCCCUCACGGUUGGUUAGACUGUCCACGUUUCGGCCACGAGAUCGGCCCCAUCAUCCCAUCAAAAGUCCCACUCAGCGAAUCUUACAACGACCACCUCCCUCCCGACAAAAGAUACACUUUCAAACAGCUGCUAACCAACAACAAAAGGAACAAGCUCGGUCUCGUGAUUGAUCUCACCAACACAACUCGUUACUAUAACCCUAGCACAGACCUUAGAAGGGAAGGGAUCGAGUACGUCAAGAUUCGCUGCAGCGGUCGUGACUCUGUCCCUGAUAACGUCUCCGUAAACACAUUCGUCCACGAGGUGAAUCAGUUCGAGAGACGUAACUUCUCGAAAAAGUCUAUUCUCGUUCACUGUACGCAUGGACAUAACCGUACAGGGUUCAUGGUUGUUCAUUACCUUAUGAGGUCUAGUCCCUUGAUGAGCGUUACACAGGCUCUUAAAACGUUUAGCGACGCUCGUCCCCCAGGGAUAUAUAAAUCGGAUUACAUCGACGCUCUCUACAGUUUCUAUCACGAAACAAAGCCUGAGAGUGCUGUUUGCCCACAGACUCCUGAGUGGAAGAAGUCUGAAGAAAACGAGUCUUUAUCUGUAUCAUUAUCAUCACCGUGUGUCCCUUUUGUGAUCAAGAAGAUGUCAAACGACGACGUUUUGGGAGAUGAGAUACCUUACGGUCAAGAGAAGUGUUACCAGGAGUUUUGUUACGAGAUGAUGAAUAUUAAGAUAGAAGGAAGAUCGUCGUCUCUGCAGUUUCCCGGCUCGCAUCCUGUGUCUUUAGACAGGGAAGGGUUCCAGCUCUUGAGGCGGAGGUACUACUACGCCACGUGGAAGGCGGACGGGACGCGUUACAUGAUGCUAUUGACUAGAGAAGGAUGUUAUUUGAUAGACAGGAAGUUUAGAUUCAGAAGAGUGCAGAUGCGGUUCCCUUGCAAGCCUCACGAGGCUAGAGUGCAUGACUACACUCUGCUCGAUGGAGAGAUGGUUGUGGAUAACUUCCUUGACGGGCAAGGAAAGCCUUGCCAGGCGAGGAGGUACCUCGUCUACGACAUGGUAGCAGUCAACGGGGUAUCAGUAUCUGACCGGCCUUUCAGUGAGAGAUGGAGUGUUAUCGAUAGAGAAGUGAUCAGACCACGUAACGAUGAGAAGAAAGUUACAAAAGGUUACAGAUACGAGAUGGAGCCGUUUGGUGUACGUGUAAAAGCCUUUUGCCUACUCUCUUCCGUGGAGAAGAAGGUGUUCAACGAGCUGAUACCAUCGCUCUCACACGACUCCGACGGGAUCAUACUCCAAGGCUGGGACGAGCCUUACGUCUACCAGAGGAACCAAGGCUUGCUCAAGUGGAAGUUUCUAGACACCAUCGACUUUUUGUUCGAGGUGGGGAGAGACGGGCGUUACAUGCUGUUCUUGUGUGAAAACGGGAGGAACAAGCUUAUGGAGGGGCACGCUGUUGAGUUUAGAGGCGACGGUUGGGAGGAACCGGGGAGUUAUAGUGGGAAGCUUUUGGAGUGUUUUUGGGAUAAGGAGGAUAAGGUUUGGGUGCCUAUGAGGGUUAGAGUUGAUAAGUCUCAGCCGAAUGGUAUGGGAACUUUUCGUGGGGUGAUGAAGUCUAUUAAUGAUGGUAUAACUAAGGAGGUUUUGUUGGAGGAGAUUAAAGAGAUUGUUAGGCUUCCUAUGUACGUUGAGCGUAUUCGUAUGGAUACUCUAGCUGCGGAACGUCGCAGGCAUGGGAACCGCAGGGGCUGAUGAAUGAAGUUUAAUCUUCUGUUUAGGAGUAUUUGUUGAACUAUUGUAAUCUACCGUCCAAAAGUAACACUACACAUUCUUAUUUUGGUUCUCUAUUAUUUGGAUUUUUGAAAACAAAUAAAAUAUAAGCCAGUAUCGUAGCGUCUUGGAGGAAAAAAAAGGUCAUCUCAUUUUAAGUUGUACUUACAAAACUUUACACUUAAAAGCAAACUAGAUGAGCCUGAUGGCUUUACUUGGUGAAGCGGAUUAUCUUCCAAAAGGUUUGAAUAUAUAUGCUUAUUCAGCCUCUCCCCAUAAUCCCUUAGAUUCAAGCAGCAACGCCUGUAGGCUCCCUGAGAUUCAUUUCCCAUUAUGUGUCUUAGCCAUCAAUCUAAUUGCAUAAACUAGUAAGAACACAACUGGUUUAGUAUAAUCUAAUGAGCAUAAAAAUGGCCUUUUCAUCAAUUUUAGUUCGGUUUACUUGUGGAUUGGUUCAACUUUCUGGCAUAAACAUUUAUGAAAACUGAUCUACGAUCACCUUCAGGCCAGAAAGUAAGUUUAUACGCUUCAAAUCUUCUUGUUUAAACAACAAUGGCCUCUGACCAAAAAAAACAACAAC